CUGUCAUUCCGGCUCUGACACCAAGGCAAGAGGCUAGGAGGCCUACAUAUAGCAUCUGGGUAGCUGGUGUGAGUACGGAGGGUCCUGGGUGGGGGCGCUUAGCCCCCAAGGAAGAGGACCAGUCUUCCUCCAGCACCACCAUCAAGGUCUCAGGGGCUCCCUCUUCCUCCACAGACAGUGGCCUGACUUAGGGAGUCCCAAACGAUGACAGAAAAGGAGGUGCUGGAGUCCCCUAAGCCCUCCUCCCCAGCAGAGACUCGGCAAAGUGGGCUACAGCGGCUGAAGCAGUUAUUCAGGAAGGGGUCCACAGAGACAAAGGAGAUGGAGCUUUCCCCAGAGCCCCAGGCCAAUGGGGAGGCAGUGGGAGCUGGGGGUGGGCCCAUCUACUACAUCUAUGAGGAAGAAGAAGAAGAGGAGGAGGAGGAGGAGCCACCCCCAGAACCUCCUAAGCUUGUCAACGAUAAGCCCCACAAGUUCAAAGAUCACUUCUUCAAGAAGCCAAAGUUCUGUGAUGUCUGUGCCCGGAUGAUCGUUCUCAACAACAAAUUUGGGCUUCGCUGUAAGAACUGCAAAACCAACAUCCAUGAACACUGUCAAUCCUAUGUGGAGAUGCAGAGGUGCUUCGGCAAGAUUCCCCCUGGUUUCCGUCGGGCCUAUAGCUCCCCACUGUACAGCAACCAGCAGUACGCUUGUGUCAAAGAUGUCUCUGCUGCCAAUCGCAAUGACCCUGUGUUUGAAACCCUGCGCACUGGGGUGAUCAUGGCAAACAAGGAACGGAAGAAGGGACAGGCAGAUAAGAAAAAUCCUCUAGCAGCCAUGAUGGAGGAGGAGCCAGAGGCAGCCAGACCCGAGGAAGGCAAACCCCAGGAUGGAAACCCUGAAGGAGAUAAGAAGGCUGAGAAGACACCUGAUGACAAACACAAGCAGCCUGGCUUCCAGCAGUCGCAUUACUUUGUGGCUCUCUAUCGGUUCAAAGCCCUGGAGAAGGACGACCUGGAUUUCCCGCCAGGAGAGAGGAUCACAGUCAUUGAUGACUCCAAUGAGGAGUGGUGGCGGGGGAAAAUCGGGGAAAAGGUCGGAUUUUUCCCUCCGAACUUCAUCAUUCGGGUCCGGGCUGGAGAACGUGUGCACCGCGUAACGAGAUCCUUCGUGGGGAACCGCGAGAUAGGGCAGAUCACUCUAAAGAAGGACCAGAUCGUGGUGCAGAAAGGAGACGAAGCCGGCGGCUACGUCAAGGUCUACACCGGCCGCAAGGUGGGGCUGUUCCCCACCGACUUCCUGGAGGAGAUUUAGGCGUGCGGUCGUCCGCCGGCGGGAGAUACCCACGCCCCAUUAUGGGCGGGCCCAGUGGAGGCUUGGGAGGAAAGGGCCGAAGGCAACUGGACUGCUGGCGGGGAGGGGUGGAAGGCCCGCCUGCGCGCGACGGGCUCCUAGCAAAGGACUGGCUCCCGCCUCCUCCCCCGGCCUGGGGCCUCGAAUGCACGGUGCCCCGCGGAGCCCGCGCCCAAAACCCCCCCGGGCCCAGCCUGCGAGAGCUGGGAAAAGAACGCAUCUCCGCUGGGGUGGGGUGCGAAUUGUCGAAUAUUGCGAAUGUAUUAAAGUUUUGACAAAAGUUAGAAAAA